AUGGGCCGCGGGGCCUGCGCCCCCUCGAAGGCGUCGGGGGCGCCCGGGCAGGACCGCCGGUUCGGAGCUGUCCUGGGCGCCCUGUGCCUGCUCCCCGCGCUGGUGCUGCUGGCCCGGCCCGGGGUCCCAGCGGCGCAGGGCGAUGUGGCGGCGCCGGACCCCGCAGGUGUCCCUGUCACCCCCGUCCCUGGCUCGCCACCCCUUCAGGCGCCCCGCAGACGCCGCUACACGCUGACCCCGGCCCGGCUACGAUGGGACCACUUCAACCUCACAUACAGGAUCCUCUCCUUCCCGCGGAACCUGCUGAGUCCCAGCGAAACCCGUCGGGGCCUGGCUGCCGCCUUCCGCAUGUGGAGCGACGUGUCCCCCUUCAGCUUCCGCGAGGUGGCCCCCGAGCAGCCCAGCGACCUCCGCAUAGGCUUCUACCCAAUCAACCACACGGACUGCCUGACCUCAGCCCUGCACCACUGCUUCGACGGCCCCACGGGCGAGCUGGCCCACGCCUUCUUCCCCCCGCACGGUGGCAUCCACUUCGACGACAGCGAGUACUGGGUGCUGGGCCCCACUCGGUACAGCUGGAAAAAAGGCGUGUGGCUCACGGACCUGGUGCACGUGGCAGCCCAUGAGAUCGGUCACGCACUGGGCCUGAUGCACUCGCAGCACGUCCGGGCCCUCAUGCAUCUCAACGCCACGCUGCGUGGCUGGAAGGCGCUGUCGCAGGACGAGAUGUGGGGGCUGCACCGGCUCUACGGCUGCCUGGACCGGCUCUUUGUGUGCGCAUCCUGGGCGCGGAGGGGCUUCUGUGAUGCCCGACGGAGGCUCAUGAAGCGACUCUGUCCCAGUAGCUGCGACUUUUGCUACGAGUUCCCCUUCCCCACGGUGGCGGCCACCCCACCGCCCCCCAGGACCAAAACCAGGCUGGUGCCUGAAGGCAGGAACGUGACCUUCCGCUGCGGCCAGAAGAUCCUGCACAAGAAGGGCAAAGUGUACUGGUACAAGGACCAGGAGCCCCUGGAGUUCUCCUAUCCCGGCUACCUGGCGCUGGGCGAGGCACACUUGAGCAUCAUCGCCAACGCCAUCAACGAGGGCACCUACACGUGCGUGGUGCGGAGGCGCCAGCGGGUGCUCACUACCUACUCGUGGCGCGUCCGCGUGAGGAGCUAGUGCGCCUCCUGCAGCCGGGGCCCCGCAGAAAUGGGGGCUGAUAAAGUGCUUUCUCUA